GCUCACACCUCUGGCACCAUGAAGCUCCAGGUAUUCUGGACUGGGCUGGAGUACACCUGCCGGCUCUUGGGUAUCACCACUGCUGCAGUGUUAAUUGGAGUGGGCACUGAGACCUUCCUCCGGGGACAGUUCAAAAGCCUGGCCUUCUAUCUGCUGUUUACAGGAGUCACCAUCUCCGUGUGUGAAGGGACCUACUUUGUGGCACAACUGUUGGCCAUCUGCUUCAAGUGUCAGCCGGGGUCUCUGGCACACAGAGCAAGGGAGAAGGCCCACUGGCUGGGCUGCUUCCAGAAGUUCCUGGCCUACAUGCUACUGUCUGUGGCCUGCUUCCUCCACCCUGUCCUGGUCUGGCAUGUGACCAUUCCAGGCUCCAUGCUAAUCAUCACUGGCCUGGCCUACUUCCUGCUGAGCAAGCGGAAGAAAAGAAAGGCUGCCCCAGAAGUGCUGGCCCCCACAGACCAGUACACAGACCCUUCCAGCAGCAUUGUGAGCACCACAGGUUCUGGGGACACUGAGCAAACGUAUACUUUCCAUGGGGCCCUCAAGGAGGGGCCUGGCUCAUUCUUCAUCCACAUGAAGAGCAUCCUGAAGGGGAACAAGAAGCCACGUGUCCUGCAGCCCCAAGAUACCUUAAUGGAACUGGCGCUGGAGCCAGCUGACUCCUUGGCCAAGAAGAAGCAGGUACACUUUGAAGACAAUGUGGUCAGAAUCAUCCCGUCCCUCACUGAAGGUCUGGAUGACAGUGACAGUGGGCCAGAGGAAACUGCCUCUGACACGACCCCCAUCAUUCCUCCUCCCUCCCAGACCCCGCUCUUUCUGCCUUCUCUCAUGGCCACUGACCUGUUCUGAGCUUCUCAGCUAGAGGUCUACAGAUGGAUGGACCUGCCAGAGGACUCCUAAUAGCCAUGGUCCCUGUAGAGAACUCAGGGUAUUCAUUUGGUCAGCUGCUCUACACAUCUCAGUGGAGACUUGAGCUUCAGA